CUCAGCGGAAGCAUCGCCGCGGGUCACGUGGUAUGACAGCAGUAAUACGGAAACAGGCUUCCCCAGGAACAGACUCUGCCUGAACACCGGAUCAUGUCGGCCCUGCAGCUCUCCUUCACCCCGCUCAAGGAGCCCCUGGGGUUCAUCAAGGUGCUGGAGUGGGUUUUUUCAAUUUUCUCCUUUGCAACAUGUGGAGGCUACAGUGGAAAAACUGAACUUGUUGUAACAUGUGUUAAUACCACUUAUCCAAAUAACAAAACCAUUCAAGCUUCGUUUAUGUACCCAUUUAGGUUAUACAGCUAUGUGUUUGAAGGAAUAGGUGAUAAAUUCUGUGGAGAACCAUGGCAAGCCUUUCACCUUACCGGGGAUUAUUCUUCUCCGUCUCAGUUCUAUGUUGCUAUUGCUGUGCUUGCCUUUCUGUACUGUAUUGGUGCCAUUGUGUUGUAUCUUGGGUACUGGCAUUUAUAUCAGAACACUUCAAAGUUGACCUUGAUUGACUUUAUAUUUACAGUAAUAUUUGCCUUUCUGUGGUUGGUGAGUGCUUCUGCAUGGGCCAAAGGCUUGACUGAUGUGAAAACAGCAACUAAUCCACAGACUAUUGCUGAAUUUUACUGCAAACCGCCUAUUAAGUGUAAUCCAGGAAUGGAAUCACACAUGGGAAGUCUAAACAUCUCUGUGGCUUUUGGAUUCUUGAAUUUGAUUCUGUGGGCAGGAAAUGCUUGGUUUGUGUACAAGGAGACCAACUUACACAAGCCACCGCCUUCUCACAUCGAGGAAGGUCCUGGCAAUUUUCCACCCCCUUCAUCAAUGUAAAGCAAGAUCGAGCAGAGCAUGCAGAUUAUAUCGCGUAACGUCUGGCAUUUUCAGUGCAGACCGCUAAAAAGAAGACAUUUUGUUAAAUGUUAAUACUUAGAAACAAUUGGUUUAUAUGUUAAGAAACUGUUAAAUACAAAGUAUUUCUAUUGAAUUACUUCCUCUAAGAACACAACUACAACAGGGAUGCACAACCGUCUUCAAACUGUUUAGAUAGCAUUGGAAAAGUGUGUAUGGAGCAGUAGGGUUAGCCAUGUGGAUGUGCAUUCUAAAUGCGCUAGCAGGUCUGUUAAGAUACAGGCUGGUUCUGGGGCUGGUCUUUAUAUUUAAACUUUUUAGGGUGCCAUUUCUCACUGCCACAUUCGAUAUAGAACAAUGUCACAAUGUCAUUUUGUGAUUGAAAUCUAGCCACAUAUUGGCUGUAAUUGCCAAGAGAUAUUACAGCUUUAGUAUAGGAAAGUAUACUAAUUUUUAAAUCUGCUUUAUUUAAAUAAAGUACUGUAUUAAUCCCAUGUCACCAAACUGCUGUAACUGCUUGUUGGGAUUCCCCUUAAAGGACAUAAAGUCACUUUUUUUUUUUUUUAAAUUUAACAUUUAAUUAAACUUAAUGAUAUUGUUUCUUAAAUGAUUUAUAUUGCUAUUUUUGACAAAAUGUCACUUAUCUGUGGCCGAACAGCCAUGUUGGCUCAGUCUGUCAUCUGACCAACUACUGCUCAACCUAACUUGCAUACUGAUACAGUUUCACAUGGAGAAAUUACAGCAACAGGCAAGUUAGUUUGAGCAGCAGUUGGUCAGAUGACAGUCUGCUGCUCAGUCAGAUAGAAUGUAAAAUAUUCUCUACAAAACAAUGUGCAUCAUUUAAAAAAAAAGACUAAGUUUUAUUAAUGUAAUAUACUUUUAAACAAUAAGAAGUGGAAAUGUGACUUUAGUAAGGGGUAAGUCACAAGUAAUAGUUUUCCAAAAUUUCACAUUAAUGCAUCUUGGUUGUAUAAAUGCUUUUCAUAUUCUGCACUUUGGGAGGAUGUGUUUUUUUUUUUUUCUUCUUUAUUGUAUUACACAAGAACCAUCUUUGCUUCAUUUGUUAACAAGAUAUUGUGAAAUAUGUUUAAAGUGUUCUUAUGGGAAAGAUUGUGCAGGUUAGUGGUGGCCUAUGAAUAGUUUGGGGAUUUGUUUUGUGCUCAAGCUAGCCACACUUGAUUUCUGUUUAUUCCUUGUUUUUUAUUUUCUUCAGUUGCAUUGGGUUAUAAUGAAACAUCUAUACGUUGUAUCUUUUAUUACUGUACUGAAAAAGACAAAGUCUGUACCUAAGCACUAUAUUAAAUAUAUUUGUGUUUA